AUGGGCAACCUUACUGCUGUUCCUACACUCCGUCGAACUCCAAAAGUUUCAAACAGUAAUGCACGUCAGUCAACAGUUUCGUCAGUAACUAAUGGUAGAUCGUUACCUUUACCAAGACAUGAAACUUAUGUAGUGCAUCACAAUUUAUCAUCUUCUCUUGAUUCUUCAUUGUGGAUUGCAAUAAAAAAUCGACGAAAAUAUACACCAAAAACAAAUCGUAUUAAAACAACACGUUAUAAUAUUAUUACAUUUCUACCGAAAAAUCUUUUUGAACAAUUUCAUCGUGUAGCUAAUGUAUAUUUUGCUAUUUUAAUUGGUCUCAAUUGGGUACCGAUUAUCAAUGCUAUUUCACGAAACGUAAUUUUAUUUUAUUUUUGUAGUACUCGUGAUGGAGCUAUUCCAGAUGAUAUACGUACUGGUGAAACAAUAGCUCGAACGAGUGAAGUUAUAGCUGCACAAAAGUUACCUGUUUCACUUGUUGUUACUGGUGAUGAUUUAAAUAAUAUUCUUCGAUAUAAAGCAAAAGAAUUUAUGCAAGCUGCAUCACAAUGUCAAUCAAUAAUAUUUUGUCGAGUAUCAGCAACACAAAAACGUGAACUUGUAUCCGCUGCUAAAUCAGUAUUUAAACAUCGAAUAUUAGCAAUAGGCGAUGGUGCAAAUGAUGUUGGAAUGAUUCGUGAAUCUCAUUGUGGUGUUGCUGUUUAUGGUCGUGAAGGAUCACAAGCAGUAGCUGCUGGUGAUUUUGCUGUUGAUCGUUUUGAAUGUCUUCGUCGUCUUUUACUUGUUCAUGGUGCUUGGUGUUUUACUCGAACAAGUGAACUAAUCUUAUAUACAUUUAUGCAUAAUUGUUCUUAUGUCUUUGUUAUAUUUUAUCAUCAAUUAUUUAAUGGAUUUUCUGGUGCUGUUACUCUUCAUUCUUUAUAUCUUACUCUAUAUUCAAGCUUAUUUACUGUUCUCCCACAGUGUGCUGCUGCUCUAUUCGAUCAACAUGUUCCAGCUGAACGAGCAUUAUACGAGCCUCAAUUAUAUGAAUAUACACUUCAUGCUAGAUGUUAUCGAAUGUGGUCAUAUUGGGUAAAUAUUAUUGAUGCUGUUUGGCAAAGUACAGUGAUUUUUUUCAUGGGAUAUUUUGCUUAUCGAAAUGAAUCAUAUAUGGAUGUAUCAUCAUUUGGGUUUUCAAUGGCAUUCUGUAUGAUAAUAACAUCUUUAAUACAUGUUCUUUUACAAACAUCUCGAAUCGAUUGGUCAAUUAUAGCUUCAAUUGCAUUUAGUUUACUUGUUUUCCUUGGUUUUACAUUAAUAUUUGAUGCUACAUGUAUUCAAUGUAUUCCAGGUGAAAGUCCAUAUAAAGUAUCAUAUGAAACAUUUCGACAAGGUCGAUUUUGGUUUGCAAGUAUAUUAACAAUUGUUACGGCUAUGAUACCUCGUUUUAUAGUUAAAAGUAUUUAUAAUACAAUACGAAAUCCAUUAAUAAAAACAAAUAUAACUCAAGAUGUUGAAGAAGAUGAUGAUGAUGUUGAAAAUGUUCCAUCAACUACUUCGUUUCAAGCUAAAUUUGCUUUAUUAGGUUCUGAUGAUGACAAUGAAGCUGGCGAUAAUGAUGAUAAUGAUGAAGACACAACAGUAGUUAAACCAACGUCAACAUCAACUUCUUCAAAGAAAAAAUCAACAACUAAAAAGAAACCUCACUCAUCAAAAACUAAAAAAGAAGAUGAAGAUAUUGAUUCAUUAUUAGCUGCUAUUGAAUCAACAAGUGUAUCAACAAAAAAAAGUGGAAAUAAAAAAAAUAAACAAGCGACAACAACAACAACAAUAUCAAAUAUUGAUGAAGAAAAUUUUAAAGAAGGUGAAGGACAAGACCUAGAAGAUAUUUUAAAAGAAAUUGAUGAAAAAUUUGAUGAAAAAGAUCGACGAAAAGAAGCUAAAAAAGAAAAGAAGAAAAAGAAAAAAGAAGAAAAUAAAGAAGUAACAACAGAAAUAAAACCAAACGAAAAUGAAGGUUUUGAAGAAAAAUCAACAAAUCAAAAUGAAAAUGUAUCAGCAACAAUACAAUCCGAAAUUAAAGAAGAUGAAUUAGCAGCUGCUAUUGGUGGUACUGAUGACAAAAAGACAUCAUCAAAAAAUAAAAAGAAAGGAGUAGCUGAGAAGAAAGGCAAAGGUGGUGUUGAUGCUAAAACUUUAAGUCUUAUGAAAGAAUUUCAGAAAAAACAAGAAGAAGCUAAAUUAAAAGCUCUUAAAGAUGAAGAAGAAAAACUACGUUUAGAAGAAGAACUUGACAAACAACAUGAAGAAAAAAUACGUUUAGAAAAAGAACGUCGUGAAAAAAAGAAACAAAAAGAAAAAGAACGCAUACAAAGAAAAAAAGAAGAAGGUUCUUAUUUAACAAAAGAACAAAGAGAAAAACGUGAACGUGCUCGUAUUCAAUUGGAAGCAGCUGGAAUUCAAGUACCAGCACGAAAUACAGCACAAGGUACACCGAAUAAUGGAGAACAACCUGUUAAAAAACGAGUUCUUUAUGAUGAUCGAAGAAAAAAGACACAAACAAAUGCAAAACAAGCAGAUAAUGCUGAACCAACAACUGUAAAAUCACAAGCAGCUAAAACAUCAACCGCAACAGAUAAGAAACUAUCUGCUAAAGAGGAAGAAAAUUUGAAAGAUAAUUGGGAACAAGAAUCAGAAGAAGAAACAACAGUUAAUCCUGAAGAACCAGAAUCUCCAUCAACAGAAAAUGAUCGUAAUAAUUUUCAACAUACAGUUUCUAUUCCAUCAGCAACAACAAUUACAAAUGAAGAAAAUAAUGAAAGUUCAGAAGCUGAAUCGUCCGAUGAAGAGACAUCAAGUGAUGAAAGUGAUGAAACAAGUUCAUCAAGUGAUGACGAUGAAAAUGAUCAAUUAACUCCCAUGGAACGUGUACGUCGUCGUUUACGACGACGUCAUGAAACAUGUGAAAGUCGUCGUUCAACUGAAGUACUUCGUGCACCUGUUAUCUGUGUAUUGGGUCAUGUUGAUACGGGUAAAACAAAAAUUUUGGAUAAUUUACGUCGUACACAUGUACAAGAUGGCGAAGCUGGUGGUAUAACACAACAAAUUGGUGCAACUAAUGUACCAUUAGAAACACUACGUGAACGAACGAGAAUGUGUAGAAAAUUAGUAACACGUGAAGGUGAAUAUAUUGUUCCGGGUCUUUUAAUUAUUGAUACACCUGGACAUGAAUCAUUUAAAAACUUACGAUCACGUGGUUCAUCUCUUUGUGAUUUGGCUAUACUUGUUGUUGAUUUAAUGCAUGGAUUAGAACCACAAACACUUGAAUCAAUACAAUUAUUAAUGGAAAGAAAAACACCAUUUAUUAUUGCAUUAAAUAAGAUCGAUCGUUUGUAUAGUUGGAAAGGUGAUAAUAAAAAAAAUGUUGAACUUGUAUUACAGGAACAAAGUCAAAACACACGAAAUGAAUUUGAGAAACGUUGUAAUGAUAUUGUUGUUCAAUUUGCUGAACAAGGUCUUAAUGUUGCACUUUAUUAUAAAAAUCCUGAUCCAAAUGAAUUUUAUUCAAUGGUACCAACAUCAGCAAUUACUGGUGAUGGAAUGGGUUCAUUAAUCGCAAUGAUUAUUGAAAGAUGUCAAACAAGUUUAGCUAAACGUUUAUCAUAUACUGAUGAAUUACAAGCAACUGUCAUGGAGGUAAAAGCAAUUGGUGGUUUGGGUACAACAAUUGAUGUUGUUCUUGUCAAUGGACAUUUACGAGUUGGUGAUACAAUUAUUGUUGCUGGUCAAGAAGGUCCCAUUGUAACACAAAUUCGAGGUCUUCUCAUGCCAGAACCAAAUAGAGAAUUACGUGUUAGAAAUCAAUAUCAAAAUUAUAAAACCGUAAAAGCUGCUCGUGGUAUAAAGAUUGCUGCUAAAGAUUUAGAAAAAUCUAUGGCUGGUUUACCAUUAUUUGUUGGUCGACGAGAUGAUGAAACUGAAUAUUUCAAAAAUGAAAUUCAAAAUAUUCUUAAAACUGCUCUUAGUUCAAUCAAAUUAAAAGAAAAUGGUGUUCAUGUUCAAGCAUCAACAUUAGGUUCAUUAGAAGCAUUACUUGAAUUCUUAAAAACAUCAAAUAUUCCAUAUGCUGGUAUUAAUAUUGGUCCUGUUCAUCGAAAAGAUAUUAUUCGUGCAUCAACACAACUUGAAAGAGAUCCACAAUGGGCAGUUAUUUUAGCAUUUGAUGUUCGAAUUGAAAGAGAUGCUCAAGAACAUGCUGAUACCGUUGGUGUAAAAAUCUUUCAAGCUGAUAUAAUUUAUCAUUUAUUUGAUAUGUUUAUUGCUCAUCGUGAACGUAUCAAAAAAGAAAAUCAAGAAAAAUAUCGUCAUCUUGCUGUAUUUCCAUGCAAAUUACGAGUUUUACCACAAUAUAUAUUUAAUUCACGUGAUCCAAUUAUAUGUGGGGUACUUAUUGAAGAUGGUUUUGUUAAAUUAGGUACACCAAUAUGUGUUCCAUCAAAAGAAUUUAUUGAACUUGGACGAAUUGUUAGUAUCGAAUUAAAUCAUAAACCAUUAGAUGUAGCAAGAAAAGGUUCAGAAGUUUGUAUUAAAAUUGAACCAAUUAGUGGUGAAGCACCAAAAAUGUUUGGUCGACAUUUUGAUGAAAAUGAUUUAUUGAUGAGCAAAAUUUCUCGUGAAUCAAUUGAUAUUGUUAAAGAUCAUUUUCGUGAUGAUAUGCAAAAAUCUGAUUGGCAGUUAAUGAUUGAAUUAAAAAAGAUAUUUAAUAUUCUUUGA